CAGCAAUGAUCCAAAUCAAGACUUUGAGAAUGUAGUCCAUUUCGGGAGCCAUCUCUUUCCGCAGACUUUGGCCACUUUAUCAUAAGUGUUUGCAAUUGUGCUUAUGGCAAAGAUGUAUGGGUAUACAGGGAAUUAAGGAAGACUUUUAUUUUACUUAAGUAUUUGGCACGCACUGCCUGAGAAAGUGGUCAAAAACAAUCAAGUAUCCAGAAUUUGAAUUGGUAGGGUUUAGGCUGUGGGAAGGUGGUGGCAGGCUUCUAGAACAAUCUUAAGCAGAUCAUCAGUUUGAGACACUUAUGCCCGAGAGGUAGCUCGCCUUCUACCAUCACUCCGCGGCUAACUUGUUCACGUGCCCUGCGGCUUUGUUUGCGCAUGGUGCGUCACCAACCGAAAGCCGGCAUCGGGGCAUUAUCCUAUCAGGAGCUCCGUUCCUUCACACCGCUUUGGACUAUCCAAUGAGAAGUAGAAUCCUUGUUCAUCUCGGCCUAUCAUAUGACAAGACAGCGUCACCAUGUGAGCGCGCGGGUUUUCUCUCGAUGGUGUCAAGUUCGAGCGAGAUGGCGGCCAGCGAGAAGGCCGGAACAUCUGGCCUUCUGUCUCACUCCAGGACACUCUUCCUGAGAAGCGAUGGCGUACCACUGCGCUUUUAUAUCAGGCCGGGGGCUGCCAAGCGUUCGCUACUGCCGCUAAUAUUGCACGGGGGCGGGGUGAUGUGUCGAGUGCAGGAGCCGGGCGCCAUUCUAUUAAUGGAGUCGGCGGAAGGGGAGGAGAGGCCGAGUGGCUACGUUCCGACACAGUAUGUGUUAGACUGCGUGCAGAGGAACCAGCAGUUAGCCAUAGAGGAUUACAUGGCAGUCGGGAUGCCACCGCCGCGAAAGCGGCGACCGAGCAGGGUUGCCUACUCCAAGGCGGAAGACGUGGCGAUCCUGAUGUACGUGCGCGACCACGGCGGCGCGAACUCGACGUGCGGCAACGCGCUCUGGCGCGAGAUGGAGCGCGCACGGCUGACACGUCAUAGCUGGCAGUCCAUGCGGACCCGCUACCUGCAGCAGCUGCGCGGCCGCCAGCAUCUCUACCAGAUCGACAGCCGCUCCGUCAUCCCCACCGUCGUCGUCCACCAAGUGCUGGACGGGCCGCCGCCCAAACCAGAAGCGGGUAAAAAGAAUACUGACAGUCUCCAACAUGCUGACCCAAAGUCGGUUGAGGGUGCAUCUUUCCCAGAUGAGCAGGCAUCUGAUGGUGUAAACUCAGAGGAGGAAUUCUUCAACAUAUUUCCAGUUGCUAUUCGGGAAUUUGAGGUUGAUGAGACAUCUGAACAGCUGAAGGAGACUAGUGAUGCUUCAGAGGUAAAAAAUAUCUCACAAGAACAACAGAUGGAAAAGGACAAACCACCAGAAGUGAGCAGUGAUGAAAAUUAUCCUAAAAGGAAAGGAACUGUGGAAGAAUUAAGUGCAGACAGUGACGAAAUGGAAACAGACAAACCACAAGAAGUUACCCUUGAUCAGCCUUGUAUUAAAAUGAAAAGACCUACAGCAAAAUUAAUUGUGGACAAUAAGCAGAUGGAAGCUGCCAAUCCUCCACACGUGAGCAUUGAGGACCACUGUACUAAAAAGAAAGCAUUAUCAGAAUUUGUCAUGAACAACAAGAAGCAGUCAGACUCAGGCGCUCAAGCAUUAAUAGAUGAGUUGUCCUUGCCCACAACUUCACAGGAUGAAGUGGAAUGUGCAACCAUGGCUAUCAGUACACUGAUGCAGACUCAUAAUUUAGAUCUCUCUACAGCCACACAGUUGCUAUUGAAGAACAAUGGAGAACUGGCAGCAGCAUUACAUUUCAUGGAAACUGGCCACCGUCCAGAUGGUUAUCCUAUCUGGACACACCAAGAUGACCUUGACCUUGAGAAUGUUGAUAGAAAAGUGCAGGAGAAGCUAACCCAGAAGUUUGGCUCCGAGAACCUCGCAAAACGCAUUGCCUUUAGAAAAAGUUAACAAUAAAGGGAGAUAGGAUUUGAGGAGUGACUAUAUCAUUGAGUCCUGCUUCCUCUGUUUCCUAAGACUUGAAUUUACAGUUGCUUUGCUGAAUAAAAAUCCAUAAGCUAUAAAAAAAAAUGCAAUCCUCUAUCCAUGCUAAUACAACACCCCAACUGUUUGCAUCCUUAUCUUAUGGAUUAGUCUCUUGCGGCACCUUAUCAAAUGCCUUCUGAAAAUCCAAGUAAAUAAUGUCCAUCUAUAACAAUACAGGCCCUUCGGCCCGCAAAGCUGUGCCAAACAUGUCCCUAGGCUUUACCCAUAGCCCGCUAUUUUUCUAAGCUCCAUGUACCCAUCCAGGAGUCUUUUAAAAGACUAUCAUUUCUGCCUCCAUCACUGCCGUGGGCAGCCCAUUCCACGCACUCACCACUCUAAGUAAAAAUAAAAUUUAACCCUUGACAUCUCUGUACCUACUUAAAACACCUUAAAACUAUGCCCUCUCAUUCUAGUCAUUUAAGCCUUGGUGAAAAGCCUCUGACUAUCCACAUGGUCAAUGCCUCUUAUCUUGUACACCUAUCAAGCCAUCUCUCAUCCUCCAUCGCUCCAAGGAGAAAAGGCCAAGUUCACUCAAACUAUUCUCAUAAGGCAUGCUCCCCAAUCCAGGCAAUAGUGUUGUAAAUUUCCUCUGCACCCUUUCUAUGGUUUCUCUGUCCUUUCUAGAGUGAGGCAACCAGAAUUGAGCACAGUACUCCAAUUGGGGUCUGACCAGGGUCCUAAGUAGUUGCAACAUUACCUCUCGGCUCUUAAACUCAAUCCCACAAUUGAUGAAGGCCUUCUUAACCACAGAGUCAACCUGUGUAGCAGCUUUGAGUGUCCUAUGGAUUUGGACCCCAAAAUCCCUCUGAUCCUCCACACAGCCAAGAGUCUUACAAUUAAUACUAUAUUCUGCCAUCAUAUUUUUCCUACCAAAAUAAACCACCCCACACUUACCUGGGUUGAACUCCAUCUGCCACUUCUCAGCCCAGUUUUGCAUCCUAUCAAUGUCCCACAGUAAUCUCUGACAGCCCUCCACACUAUCCACAAUACCCCCAAUCUUUGUGCCAUCAGCAAAUUUACUAACCCAUCCCUCCACUUCCUCAUCCAGGUCACUUAUAAAAAUCACGAAGAGUAGGGGUCCUAGAAUAGAUCCCUGAGGCACACUACUGGUCGUCGGCCUCCAUGCAAAAUAUGACCAGUCUACAACCACUCUUUGCCUUCUGUGGGCAAGCCAGUUCUCGAUCCACAAAGCAAUGUCCACUUGGAUCCCAUGCCUCCUUAUUUACUCAAUAAACUUUGCAUGGGGUAUCAUCUUUUAUUGCUCCCUAGUACAUUAGAAGCAGAGGCAACCUUUGAAUAGGAAGUUGUAGGAGGAUUGUUGUUCUGUACUGAUGUGGAACCUUUACUCUUCAAAGUCUCACCACAACUUUGGGCCCUCCUGCCAAAUGAAACUGGUAAGAUGCUCAUAGCUGAGUCACAAAAAAUGACCAUCAAACCAGCUGCUCCACUGCCCUGCAGGGCACACUAGCCUCUUUCCCUGGAGUCUGAAGAAGGGAUUGGUAGAUUGUAUAAAUCAAACAUGGUAUGCCACUGGUUUACUGCAAUCUGUAAAUCAACUUUGUGAAUAAUGUAUGAUAUGUAUUUUACAAAAUCCAGAGAAACUCAUGAAGAUGGAAGGAAGAAAACUAAUGAACUAACUACCCUCAAAUGGAUUGUUUGUGCAUUUACAGCUGGAUUUUAUACGAUUACCUUUAUGUUGAUAUAAAUAUUUAUUGAUCUCCAUGAUGGGUUGAAUCCUCAAAGAACUCCAGUAAGUUUGUCAAACAGGACCUGCCUUUGCUGAAUCCAUACUGCAUCUGCCUGCUGGAUCUAUUUCUUUCCAGAUGCCUUGCUAUUUCUUUAAUGAUAGCUCAAGCAUUUUCCCAACCACAGAUGUUAAACUAACCUGCCUUUUGUCUACAUCCUUUUUUGAACAGUAGCGUGACAUUCACCAUCUUCUAAUCCACUGGGACCUGCCCAGAGUCCAGAGAAUUUUGGUAAAUUAUCUCCAAUGCCUCUACCAUAACUUCUGCCAUUUCUUUCGGUACUCUGGGAUGCAUUCCAUCAGGGCCAGAGGAUUUGUCUAUCUUCAGGCCCACAAGUUUGCUCAGCACUACCUCUUUAGUGAUAGUUAUUGUAUCAAGGUCCUCAUCUCCCAUCACAUCCUGAACAUCUCUUUGGCAUCAUAGACAUGUCCUCCACCAUUAAGACUGACACAAAAUAGUCAUUCAAAGCCUCUGCCAUUUCCUCAUUACCCAAUAUCAAUUCCCCCUUCUUGUCCUCCAAGGGACCUACAUUCACUUUAGCUACCCUUUUUUGCUUUAUAUAAUUAUAAAAAAUUUUACUAUCUGUUUUUGUAUUUUGUGCUACUUUAUUUCCAUAAUCCAACUUACCUUUCUUUAUUGCUCACUUAGUGGUUCUUUUUUUGGCUUUUUUUUAAAGAUUUCCCGAUCUUCCAGUUUCCCACUACUCUUGAUGACUGUAUGCACAUGCUUUUAGUUUGAUGCCACCUUUUAUUUCAUAGAACAUAGAAUAGCACAGCACACUACAGGCCCUUCAGCCCACAAUGUUGUGCCGACCCUCAAAUCCUGCCUCCCAUAUAACCCCCCACCUUAAAUUCCUCCAUAUACCUGUCUAGUAGUCUCUUAAACUUCACUAGUGUAUCUGCCUCCACCACUGACUCAGGCAGUGCAUUCCACGCACCAACCACUCUCUGAGUGAAAAACCUUUCUCUAAUAUCCCCCUUGAACUUCCUUCCCCUUACCUUAAAGCCAUGUCCUCUUGUACUGAGCAGUGGUACCCUGGGGAAGAGGCGCUGACUGUCCACUCUGUCUAUUCCUCUUAAUAUCUUGUAUACCUCUAUCAUGUGUCCUCUCAGCCUCCUCCUCUCCAGAGAGUAAAGGCCUAGCUCCCUUAAUCUCUGAUCAUAAUCCAUACUCUCGAAACCAGGCAGCAUCCUGGUAAAUCUCUGUACUCUUUCCAAUGCUUCCACAUCAUUCCUAUAGUGAAGGAACCGGAACUGGACACAGUACUCCAAGUGUAGCUUAUCUAGAGUUUUAUAGAGCUGCAUCAUUACAUCGAACCUCCUAAACUCUAUCCCUCGACUUAUGAAAGCUAACACCCCAUAAGCUUUCUUAACUACUCUAUCUACCUGUGAGGUAACUUUCAGGGAUCUGUGGAUAUGUACCCCCAGAUCCCUCUGCUCCUCCACACUACCAAGUAUCCUGCCAUUUACUUCGUACUCUGCCUUGGAGUUUGUCCUUCCAAAGUGUACCACCUUGCAGUAAGGCUGGCUCACCCCACCCUUACUGCCCUUGCUUUCAACUGGAACAUACUUUUGUUGAGCACCAUGAAAAAUGUCUUUGAAAGUCUCCCACCAUAUAGCCUGUGUUCCCAGUCUACGUUACCAAAAUCCUCCCUCUUCCCAUUGCAGUCUCUAUUUUGGCAUAUUAAACUAUUAUUGCACCCUCCAUUUCUAUGAGAAACUCUGACAUCACUCUUUCUAAGAGAAUCCCUAACUACAAGAUCACUAAUUUUACUUGUCUCAUUUCACAGGACCAGAUCCAAGAUAUUACAUUCACUAACAUGCUGUUCAAGAAGGCCAUUAUGGAUGCAUUCGAUGAAGUCCUCAAGACUGCCUCAACCAACAUGAUUCACCCAAUCUAUGUGCCAUUUAAAGUCCAUCAUGAUAACUGCCGUUCCAUUCUUGUAUGUCUCAAAUAUUUCUGUUUAUUGCCUAUGCCACUGUAAUGUUAUUAUUCGGUGGUCGAUAGACAACUCCACCAGUGAUUUUUUUUCCUUUACUAUUCCUAAGCUCAUCCUAGAUGGAUUCAACAUUCUGCUCCCUAGAUCUUAUAUUGUGUCUCACCAUUGCCCUGAUCUCAUCUUUAAUGCCUUGUCCCACCUAUCUUACCUUUAUAGAAACAUAGAAAAUCUACAGCACAAUACAGGCCCUUCAGCCCACAAAGCUGUGCCAAACACGUCCUUACCUUAGAAAUUUCUAAGGUUACCCAUGUCCCUCUAUUUUUCUAAGCUCCAUGUACCUAUCCAAACAUCUCUUAAAAGACCCUAUCAUAUCCGCCUCCACCACUGUCACUGGCAGCCUAUUCCACGCACUCACCACUCUGUGUAAAAACAAACAAACUUACCCCUGGCAUCUCUGUACCUACUUCCAAGCACCUUAAAACUGCCCUCUCAUGCUAGCCAUUUCAGCCCUGGGAAAAAGCCUCUGACUAUCCACACGAUCAAUGCCUCUCAUCAUCUUGUACACCUCUAUCAGGUCACCUCUCAUCCUUCAUUGCUCCAAAGAGAAAAGGCCAAGUUUAUUCAACCUGUUUUCAUAAAGCAUGCUCCACAAUCCAGGCAACAUCCUUGUAAAUUUUCUCUGCACCCUUUCUAGGUUUUCUACGUCCUUCCUAUAGUGAGGCAACCAGAACUGAGCGCUGUACUCCAAAUGGGAUCCGACCAUGGACCUAUAUGGUUGCAUCAUUACUUCUUGCCUCUUAAACUCAAUACCAUGAUUGAUGAAGGCCAAUAUGCCUUCUUAACCUGCACAGAAGAUUUGAGUGUCCUAUGGACUCGGACCCCUAAGAUCCCUCUGAUCCUCCACAUUGCCAAGAGAUUUGCCAUUAACACUGUAUUCUGCCAUCAAGUUUGACCUACCAAAAUGGACCACGUCACACUUAUCUGGAUUGAACUCUGUCUGCCACUUCUCAGUCCAAUUUUGCAUCCUAUCAAUGUCCUGUUGUAAUCACUGACAACCCUCCAUACUAUCCACAGCACCCCCAACCUUUGUGUCAUCAGCAAAUUUACUAACACAUCCCUUCACUUCCUCAUCCAGGUCAUUCAUAAAAAUCACAAAGAGUAGGGAUACCAGAACAGAUACCUGAGGCAGACCACUGGUGACUGACCUCCAUGCAGAAUAUGACCCAUCUACAACCACUCUUUGCCUUCUGUGGGCAAGCCAGUUCUGGGUCUACAAAGCAAGGUCCCCCUGGAUCUCAUGCUUCCUUACUUUCUCAAUAAGCCUUACAUGGGGUACCUUAUCAAAUGCCUUGCUAAAAUCCAUGUACGCUACAUCUACUGCUCUUCCUUCAUCACUAUGUUUAGUCACAUCCUCAAAAAAUCCAAUCAGGCUCGUAAGGUACAACAUGCCCUUGCCAAAGCCAUGCUGACUACUCCUAAUCAUAUUAUGCCUCUCCAAAUAUUCAUAAAUCCUGCCUCUCAGGAUCUUCUCCAUCAACUUCCCAACCACUGAAGUAAGACUCAUUGGUUUAAAAUUUCCUGUGCUAUCUCUACUCCCUUUCUUGAAUAAGGGAACAACAUCCGCAGCCGUCCAAUUCUCCGGACCCUCUCUCGUCCCUAUUGAUGAUGAAAAGAUCACCAUCAGAGGCUCAGCAAUUUCCGCCCUUGCCUCCUACUGUAGCCUGGGGUACAUCUUGUCCAGUCCCACUGACUCAUCCAACUUGAUUCUUUCCAAAAGCUCCAGCACAUCCUCUUCCUUAAUAUCUACAUGCUCAAGCUUUUCAGUCUGCUGAAAGUCAUCCCUGCAAUUGCUAAGAUCCUUUUCCAUAGUGAACACUGAAGCAAAUUAUUCAUUGAGUACCCCUGCUAUCUCCUCCGGUUCCAUACACGCUCUUCCACUGUCACAGUUGAUUGGUCCUAUUCUUUCACAUUUUAUCCUCUUGCUCUUCACAUACAUGUAGAAUGCCUUGGGGUUUUCCUUAAUCCUGUCUGCCAAUGCCUUCUCAUGGCCCCUUCUGGCUGUCCAAAUUUCAUUCUUAAGCUCCUUCCUGCUAGCCUUAUAAUCUAUUAGAUCACUCUCAUUACCUAGUUCUUUGAACCUUUCAUAAGCUCUUCUUGAUCUGAUUCACAACAGCCUUUAUAUUACCACAGUUCCUGUACUCACCAUCCUUUCCCUGUUGCAUUGAAACGUACCAAUGCAGAACCCCACGCAAAUAUCCUCUGAACAUUUGCUACAUUUCGUCUGUACUUAUCCCUGAGAACAUCUGUUUCCAACUUAUGCUUCCAAGUUCCUGCCUAAUAACCUCAUAUUUCCCCUUACUCCAAUUAAACACUUUCCUAACUUGUCUGUUCCUAUCCUACUCCAAUUCUAUGGUAAAGGAGAUAGAAUUGUGAUCACUAUCUGCAAAAUGCUCUCCCUCUGAGAGACCUGAUACCUGACCAGGUUCAUUUCCCAAUACCAGAUCAAGUACAGCCUCUCUUGUAGACUUAUCUACAUAUUGUAUCAAGGAACCUUCCUGAACACACCUAACAAACUCCACCCCAUCCAAACACCUUGCUCUAGGUAGAUGCCAAUCGAUAUUUGGGAAAUUAAAAUCUCCACCACAACAACGCAGUUAUUAUUACACCUUUCCAGAAAUGUCCCUGUUGCUACUGGGUGGUCUAUAAAAAAAACACUCAGUUGAGUUAUUGACCCCUUCCUGUUCCCAACUUCCCAACAGAGACUCUGUAGACAAUCCCUCCAUGUCCUCUUCCUUUUCUGCAGUCCUGACACUAUCUCUGAUCAGCAGUGCCACGAACAUCUAAAGCCUGGCACUUGAAGUAGCCAUUCCUGCCCCUGCACCAUCCAAGUCUCUGAAAAAGGCCACAACAUCAUAGCUCCAAGUGCUGAUCUGUACUCUAAGCUCAUCCACUUUGUUCAUGAUACACCUUGCAAUGAAAUAGACAUACCUCCAACCAUCAGACUGAGCACGUCCCUUCUCCAUCACCUGCCUGUCCUCGCUUUUGCAUUGCCUCGAAGCUUUCUUUAUUUGUGAGCCAACCUCCCUUUCCUCCAUCACUUCAGUUCAGUUACUACCACCCCCCCAGCAAUUCUACAAACACCAUUUCCAGAAAAGUUGGAAUAUUUUCCAAAAUGCAAUAAAAACAAAAAUCUGUGAUAUGUUAAUUCAUGUGAACCUUUAUUUAACUGACAAAAGUACAAAGAAAAGAUUUUCAAUAGUUUUACUGACCAACUUAAUUGAAUUUUGUAAAUAUACACAAAUUUAGAAUUUGAUGGUUGCAACACACUCAACAAAAGUUGGGACAGAGGCAUGUGUACCAUUGUGUUACAUAACCUUUCCUUUUAAUAACACUUUUUAAUUGUUUUGGAACUGAGGAUACUAAUUGUAGUAGAUUUGCAAUUGGAAAUUUUGUCCAUUCUUGCUUGAUAUAAGACUUAAGCUGCUCAGCAGUCCGUGGUCUCCGUUGUCUGAUUCUCCUCUUCAUGAUGCGCCAUACAUUUUCAGUAGGAGAUAGAUCUGGACUGGCAGCAGGCCAGUCAAGCACACGCACUCUGUGUCCUCAAAGCCAUGCUGUUGUAUUCCGUGCAGAAUGUAGUCUGGCAUUGUCCUGCUGAAAUAAGCAUAGACGUCCCAGGAAGAGACGUCGCCUUGAAGGCAACAUAUGUCUCUCUAAAAUCCUAAUAUAUGCCUCAGAGUCAACGGUACCUUCACAUACAUGCAACUCACCCAUGCCAUGGGCACUGAUGCGCCCCCAUCACAGAUGCUGGCUUUUGUACCUUUCGCUGAUAACAAUCAGGAUGGUCGUUUUCAUCUUUGGCAUGGAGAACUCGACGCCCGUUUUUUUCCAAAAACUAGCUGAAAUGUGGACUCAUCUGACCACAGCACAUGGUUCCACAGUCUUUCAGUCCAUCUGAGAUGAGCUCGGGCCCAGAGAACUCGCCAGUGUUUCUGCGUAGAGUUGAUGUAUGGCUUCUUCCUUGCGUAAUACAGUUUCAAGUUGCAUUUCUGGAUGCAGCGACAGACUGUUAAGUGACAAUGGUUUUCUGAAGUACUCCCAAGCUCAGGUGGCUAUAAUUGUCACAGUAGCAUGACAGUUUCUUAGGCAGUGCCACCUGAGGGCUCGAAGAUCACACGCAUUCAACAGUGGUUUCUGACCUUGCCUUUUACGCACUGAGAUGCCUCUGAAUUCUCUGAAUCUUUUCACAAUAUUAUGUACUGUAGAUGUUGAAAAACCUAAAUUCUCUGCAAUCUUGAGUUGGGAAAUGUUCCUUUUGAACUGACUAACAAUUCUCUCACGAAUUUUGGCACAAAGGGGUGAGCCACGACCCAUCCUUGCUUGCAAAGACUGAGCCUUUGAUGGACGCUACUUUUAUACCCAAUCAUGAUACCUCACCUGCUACCAAUUAGCCUGCUUAAUGUGGAGUUUUCCAAACCGGUGUUACUUGAAUAUUCUGUGCACUUUUCAAUCUUAUUUUAACUCUGUCCCAACUUUUGUUGAGUGUGUUGCAGCCAUCAAAUUCUAAAUUUGUGUAUAUUUACAAAA